AUGCAGACAACGUCUAGCUCGUCAUUCCUGAUAUCCCUUUCUCUAGGAAGUCGAUCACGGCCUUCGACGGGCCUAUCGAGUCAGCUUCACACGGACGCUUUGGCGCUCCACGCGUCGCAGUCGCCCGCGGGGCUGGCGCAGAGACCCACAGGCAUGACAGGAAGCGAGCCGAGCGAGGGCAACCGCCGGCGUAGGGGAGAGAAAGAAGAGGACAAGACCGCUGGCGAACGCCGAGAAGUUCCAUAUGAGGAUCGCGAGCGGCCACGAGGAGACAUCACAGACGAGGAAAAACGUUUCAGGCAUCCACGUGAACGGCCCGAUGUUGACGGCGGCCUCAGUGACCUCUCGGAGGAAGACAAAGACCCGCCAAGUUCCUCUCUUGAUUCUCGUCACUCACCUCACAUGGCGAACGAGGUGACAGGAGCAGAGUGUCUUCAAGGCGAUACGCAGACCGUCACUGCCCAGUCCCCUGCUUCGGGACCUGGAGUGGACGGCGCGAAGCGUGAUCCGCUUCGUCGCAGCCGUAGAGACAAUGCAAUACCUCCAGCCGAUGGCGUUUUGAAGCGUCGCGCCACUGAACGGCUGGAUGUGGAUGGAGAAGGGGUCGUACCAAACGGCAAGAGACAGGAGGCGUCACGCGAGACAGAACCUGCUCACACCUCGUCGUCCGCGUCGUCUGUGCAACGCAGUGGGACUCUGCGAAGCUUAGAGCGGAGUGCCAGCGCUAUGCAAGACCCACGCGGAGCGUGGGCCGUUGACUGGAGGCGCGUUCCCGCUGGACAGAGUCUCAUUCUGCCACAAGAUGAGGACGCUCGCAUUCUACCAAUCGCCAUCCGUAUGGAGCUGCUAGGGCUGACCUUCGAGAUUGGUGACUUCGUGCUAAACUCGUCGCAUGUUGAUGUUAGGCACCUUCCCAUCUCCCUCCCACAGAUGAGGCGCCACGCCGAUGGCAGCGGGGAAAGCGACGGACUCUGUGGAGAGCAGCAGCGGGAGGGAAAGGCAUGGCAUGAUGACGUCUCCAUGAGGCCACUGUUACGUCACGGACCCUUAGGGUCUGGUGGCGACAGGUUCCUCGACGAGGACGAGGCGAUUCCAUUCUCCCAUGAUACAGUGGAGUGGAACCAUCAGUCUGGUUUACCGAACCGGCACGCGUUGCGGCACACAUUAUUGAGAGAUGAGCAAGGAAGUGGGCGGCGCUCAGACUCGGACAGAAAUAAUCGCUUGCUGAAUCGUCUGACGUAUGGAAGAAGAGCUACGAGUGGGGGGUUAUCCGGGCGAGCCCCAAGUCUGCCAUCUGCAACGACUGAGAGCCUCAAGCCACCGGAGAUUCUUCCACAUCCCAACGUGGCGCGUCUGGCCGCAGCAACCGCAGGUUCCAUGGUGGUGGAACCGAAGAGCACCGGGGACGAGCUGAAGACGCAGCGAACGGGUGCCUCCUCGCCGCGUGUCUACGGCGGUUCGUCUGACGCUUUCGCGAACUCUUACAGUGAGCUGGAUGAGUGUCGGGGGCUCCCGCACAGUGGUCUCGACAUCUCGCCUACACCAGCAGCCACAGAGAGCGCGUGCAGCAUCCCCAACGAGACGUGCCAGCGUCUGCCUGCUACCGGCGAUGUCUCGCUGGGUCCCGAUUCGAGUUGUAUAACUCAUUGCUUGUUCGCAUCGCCUCGAAGGGAUGCACAGCUCGAUCGAGCCGUCACCAGCGCUGGAGAGCCAGUGUGCUGGCGGCUACUGGUGCGUCCUGCUGGGCACAGAAACGGAAGCCAAGGCACCAGCAAAAGCACCGGGAGCGUGCCGGGCGAAUUCGCUGCACAACGCCUGCAGCCCGAGAGCCAUGACGCUACCCGGGAAGAUGAGGAGGAGGCGCAGCCUAACACAACACAUAGGACAUACGUGGGCUUAUCGGCUCUCCGCAGUGGAAGUUGCGGGAAAGUGUUGGACGAGACGGACUGGCAAGAAUUGCAAGCGCAUGGAACAGACACCGGCGCCUGCACAACCACCUCAAGGAUUCUGCGGACGUCACCACUAGCACCCCUACGACCGGCUGGCGUUGCCGCUCAGCGAGGCGACAGCUCAGAUCCGGCAGCAGCGGUAGAAGAACCAAAGCCCGCGACUCGAGGGAUACCGGCAUUAGGCUUGCCUGGCGAGCGAUGGUCGGCCGUUAUCAACGCUGAUAGCACCUCCCGACAGGUAGACACACUGCUGCCAGGCGCGUCGCCCUCGGCUGUCAACUUGCGACGCCACUCGCCAUCUGGCCCGUCUCUGAAUCCCGGUGCUGGACUCUGCAUGGAAAACAAUCGUAGCAUUCCGUCUACACACCUGGGAUCUGCCCUUUUGCUGCCUGUCCCAGCCCAGGCAAGCGGCGAUGAGCUCACCAACUCAGCGGUGGUCCCGCUGCUAGCUGACGCAAAUGGCGGGUUCGUCAAUUUACCUCUCACGUGGCUUCUACCCCGCGCCGUCGUCGCCAAUGAGCUACGCAGCAUGUCUCGGAGAAGUUGCCACGAGACGCGCCGCACUCUAGGCGCGAAAUGGUCACAGAGAAUGGCAGACGAAGACCACAGCGCAGUACUUCCUGGUGAUCAUGCAGCAGGUGGAGACAGUUUAUCGUGCCCAUAUUCAAGCGCCCCGGUGGCGGCGGCACAGCCUCUGUCUCACGCUCGUUGCAGCGCAGCUGCUGGUGAUGCAAUUGGAGCCCCGAAAACGGGCGUCGCCCCCAAGUCCACCUUGCUAGCCCACUGUUGGAGGAAUCGCUCGCGGGCUGGGAGGCAAGCUUUGGCGUCGAGCCCGUUCUGUUGUUCCCACUUCAUUUUCUACAAGACGAAAUUGAGCACCAAGUCUUGA